AGAUGGCGACGAGGAUGACAGCUUUUAGUGCUAUCAAUGAAGCGCCCUUUUCUGCUAAGAAUUCGUGGCUUUCCUCAUGAAUCUCUGGAUAAUUGUUUCAUUUUAGCUAUAAGAGUUUGGAAAAGUUACCGAAAAUGCAAGAAAACUCUCCUUACUCCCAGCAUUUUCAUGCUGCAAAGAGCUGUCUUCGUCGUGAACAGUACGGCGAUGCCUUGGCACAUUUAGUAUUUCUGGCUAAUGUGGAACCGUCACUCAAAGAAACGUUAGAAGAAGAAUUCGUCCUCGCUUUACGAAAUUGGUUAGAAAUACUCGAGUCUCAUGGCGAGCUGGAUAAAAUGAUGAUUUGUCUUCAGGAAGCAUUGAAGCUGUAUCCUCAAAGUGAGAUCGUUCUCAUUAACACAGGAGCAAACUUGAUCAAGUUGGGUUUCACUGACGAGGCUGCUUCGUGUUUUAGAAGGGCAUUACAUGUAAAUCCAACAAGCAUUAGAGCGAAAGAAAAUCUUGAAAAUGUUGCAAAUCUUUUGGUUGAGAGGUGGCAUUUUAGAAUGUUAAAUGACAAGAAAAGAAAUUCAGCCUACAAACGAGCCAUUUCCAAGGCAAUAGGCCAAGGCCAUGACAUUGUCUUGGAUAUUGGAAGUGGUACUGGUAUUCUAAGUAUGUUUGCUGUUCAAAGCGGAUCAAAAGAGGUGUAUGCCUGCGAAAUGUCCAAGACCAUGUUUGAAUUGGGCCACGAUGUACUGAGGGCUAAUAACAUGGAAAAGUUGAUUCACACCAUACAUAAAAAAUCAACUGAGAUGACAGUAGGUAAGGAUAUCCCAAAGCAGGUUUCUUUGGUGGUGACAGAGACACUUGACUGUGGUCUCCUUGGAGAAGGAAUUCUCACCACUGUAGAACAUGCAUGGUCUAACUUGCUAAUUCACCCACCAGAGAACUCAGACUCUAAUGUAAAACCCAUUUCUAAGGUCAUUCCUGGUGGUGCUGUUCUUUAUGCCAUGGUAAUUAUGUGCGAUGACAUCAGAAAUCAAACAAGGUGUAAACCAUCAAUGAGUGGAUUAAAAAUGUUUCCCAAGUGUAGCAUAGGAGGAGAGGUAAUGGAACGAAAGGUAGAAAUACCAUCUGUGAGUGUCAGUGCAUUUGAUCAGCUUGAACCCUACAAUACAGAGAGUUUGAACCAGUUAAGAGGUGGAUUUACAUCUCUCACAUGCCCCUUUAAAGUGACAGAGUAUGAUUUUAACAAUCCUAGUAGCUUGAACAAGGACAGGGACUUGAAGUUUGAAAUCACUGCAACCCACUGUGGUCAAGCUGAUGCAGUUGCAGUCUGGUUUGAUUUGCUACUAGAUGAAGAUAUAACUCUUUCAACUGGCCCCAAAGAUGAUUCCCUGUGCUGGGAGCAGGCAGUUUUCCCCAUUUAUGCAAAUGAUGCUGAUUCAUCUUGUAAAUUUGCAGUUUCAAAGGGAGACAUGCUUUCUCUCCAUGGAGAGCUUUCCAAAGAUUGUCUGAAGUUCAAUUUUUGUGGAAUUAACUCAACAAAACUAGUUUUUGAAUCUAAAGUUAGUGCUGUACCAUCACAAAGGGAGAGUCAAACUGCAAUAAUAAUGAAUCCCUCAACCAAGAGUGACCAUGAAGAGGUUGUGGCAAUCAUUCCACCAUCAUACAUGCGGCGCCUGAAUGACACUCCCUUCAAUAACCUCUAUGAUGAAGUCAUCUCAGGAGCUGUUAACUCCUUGAAACUGAAACAGCAUUUAUGCAGUGGCAAUGAAAAUCCAUGUAAAGAUGGUGUAUGUAAUGUUCUUGACAUCACUUAUGGCCCUGCUUUGUUUUCUCAUUUUGCUGCAAGAGGGAAGGCAGACCACGUCUUGAUAUUAAAUCCUCACAACACAGAUUGGAUAGAACAUAUUUCACAUGGAAAUGAUUUGCCAAAAGUUAUUGAGAAAGGCUCAGAAAAACUUGAAGAAAUCGCUAAGGAGGGAAGAAUUUGGAAUUUACUUGUCAGUGACGUUGUAGAGCCAUCAGGCAUCAUUCGUCAGCAAGUUAUUGAAGACAUUGUCUUUUCAAGGGGAUGUCUGCUCAGACCACAAAAUUUUCAAACUAUUCCUAUGGGAUUCACUGUCUACUGCAUGUGCAUUGAAUCUUCUUUCCUGUUUGCCAAUUGUCGUGUACUUGACCAGGACAGAACACUUGGGCUUGAGAUUGGUCAGUUUCUGAAUGAUUUUCAAGUAACCACUCAGAUAGAUAUUGACCUUACAACUCUUCCUUUCUCAAGCAUCACCAACCAUAUUGAACUUUUUAGCAUAAAUUUCAUGGAGCAGUUUGAUGAGGAAAAUAAGGUACUUUCUUUACUUGAAACUCACUCUGAGAAAAAAGUAAAAGUUUCCAAGUCAGGGAGGAUUCAAGCCAUUCCCUACUGGUUUGCUCUGCACAUUGGCAAUCAACACUCACUUUCAACAUAUAGUGGAGAUUAUGCUGAAUCACAUUGGAGGCAAGCCGCUAUUGUUUUGAAAGAGGAAGUAGCUGUGGAAGUUGGACAAGAAAUUCUAAUUUCAGCAUCUUGUGUAAAUAGUAGCAUUACUCUUGAUGUGAAUGUUAUCAAAGAUUGAACAUCUAAGAUGGCAAGGAACUGAAGCAAAACAAAUGAACAGGUACAUGACUUAUAUUGAAUAGCAAUCAUUAACAUGGAGCUCAGCAUAGAUGCAACUACAUGUCAACAAAAUUUUGUUUGUAGCAAAACACAAUUAGAUUAAGUAUUUUGCAUAAGCAGACCAUGAAAAAGAACAAAUGCUGCAUUGAAUAAUCUACUUGUUCAUUUUAGCAUUAAAAUAGUCUUUAGCUAUGUCAGUAAAACCAUUUUGCAAAAAAUGUAUCUUUUAACAGUAAUUGUGUGGAACUAAAAUAUUGUUGUAUAAAUGUUGCAUUGUUGUAUAAGUUGUGCCUUGUAGGGAGCUAAUACCAAAACUUAGUGCCAUUAGAGCCAAAAUGACAGCAGCUGCCUUUGUAGUGCAAAAACCUUUAUUAAAACGGUAGAGUUAAUGUUUCUGGGCAUAGAUAUGUUUUAAGCCCAACUCACUGUCAUUUCAGCACAACCAUUUGGUGUGGGUUAAAAUGGACUCUUCAUACUCAAGAACAUAAACUCUAUUGUUUUAUUAUAGUAUUCACAUUACUAAGGCCAUUGCUGUCAUUUGUCAAUUUAGGAGGGCAUUGAGAAAAUAAGAGCUGAAAAAGGUGAUCACGAAACAGUCUGAACAAUCACGCAAACAGGUUAAUAUACAUUUUAUCCUAUCAAAAUCUCCAGUUUGGCUUGCCUAAAUUUCCACUUAAGCCUGUAAUAGGCGCCACAACACCCAACAAACUGAUAAAAAUUUCUGAAUUAUUCACUUGAAAGUGGCCAUCUGGAAAUUUGGUGUUUUACUCUCGGGGUAACUCUUGGCUUUAAGAUAAUUAUCAUUCCUGGCGAUUAAUCAAGGAUCCGUUUGCUGCUUCUUUUUCACCUUACUUUUUCCAAAAUAUCCUUAUGACAAACAUUGUAUUGUUCAGACAGACCUUGGCAAACGGUUGACACUAUCUCUAGACACCCAAGUCGAGCUAAACCAUUUUGGGCAAUUAUCGUGUUAUUUUGAAAUGUGAGAAACCGCUAAUGGUCCAUGUUAAAAAUUGAAAUGAAAUGGGAAGCUGUAACAUAUCAUUCUGAUUUGAACCCGGUGUUUGUCGCAAAACAAAAUUCUUCCGAGCCAAAAUGUGCGAAAAAAGAGAUGAAGAAUUUUGAAGGCUCGCUAGAAUAAGAACAAACGUGGCUCUUAUCCAAAUCACAAAGGUUCAAGGCUUAACACAGGAAGUGACGCAGCAACAUUUGCGGGAAAUGCGUAAUUGAAUGCUCGCGCACAGAUAUUUGCCUCUCCGAGCCCAAUAUGACUGUAAA